GUGAUAACCGUCAGCUAAAACGGCGCUCGACACGUGUUGUUGCAAGAUACGCUCUUUUUGAACGUGAUGAUUUGCGUUCUCCCUUCGCAUUAAUUGCGAUGGGUAUAUAAGGGGAUAACCGUUUGUGGUUUCCUCUCACUUUGUCGAAAAUUCAAAAAAUUUGCCGUUUGAGAGAAAGUUGUCAUCUGUCUUCUCCGACGAUUUUUUCUGAAAUUCCGGUGAGGUUUCUAGUGUUUCUGUUCACCAUCUUCCGUUUCUUUGAUAUUUUUGAUGGCUGAACUAUCUAGUCCACAUAAUGUGGAGGGCGAAAACCCUGAACAGCCUUUAGUGGCCGAAGAAGAAGAAGAGGGGGCUGCCGGUGGUGGAUUACCGGCGCUGAAGUGGACCAGAAAAAGCUUUGAUCGCCUUAUGCUUGAGGUCCAAAUGCCCUCGGAAUAUGGGGCUCAGUACCCAUCAGAGGGUGAUACUGGUGCCGACGCUCCGGCCGGUUAUGUGACCAUGUGGUCCGAUUUCUUCGGAGAUUGUAACCUCCGACUACCGUUGACGGUGUUUGUUAUGGAUAUCUUGGAGUGGUACAAGGUCCACAUUUCUCAAGUGAGUCCGCUUGGGAUGAUUCGGAUUCGUAAUUUUGAGUUUACCUUCCGUGCUCUUGGCAUAGAGCCUACCGUUGGAGACUUCCGACGGUUUUAUCAGAUGACAGUGUCCAUGGGGUUCUUUUCUUUCCGUCUACGAGACGGUACCCCAAAGCUGAUGACUCCCCCUAAGGGGAUGACGAUGUGGAAGAAGAAGUUCUUCUAUAUCAAGUCUGCUGCCCUUGCUGUGGAUAUGACGUUUCGGAAUGUGACCGAGACGAUCAUAACAGAGACCAUUGCGAUGCCCAGUUUGAAAUCAGUGCAAUGGUUCCCGCAACUGCAGACUAUUGAGUCUGUGAAGUUGACCAACACGCAACUAUGGCUGUUGCGUAUGAUGUUGAGGAGGGGCAAGAACUCGAAACCCGUGGUGCGGGAAAAGAGCGGUGAAGAUGCUCCCGCAUGGAGGAUGUUUGCUCCGGAUUUCGAGGGUACGGUUGAGACCGUAGUUUGUGCGGAUGGUGAACAGGAUCACAACACUCUCAUCCGUAGUAACUUCCGGGUGCCUACUGCGGCUGCACUGGCAGUUGAGUUGCCAGUAGGCAAAGGUGAUCUUGGGGCCUUGGGGGACCCUGAAGCGAAAGGUGUGCCUAAGAGGCAAACUGUGAAAGGCGUGCGCUUUCGCCAAAAGAAGAUAAAGGAGGUCACUACUGUGCCUCAUCUGGUGCCGCAGGCAGCAGGUAUCUCUCAUUCCUCUUUUCGUCGACACAAGGAUUAUGUGAUAGUAUCUGAUACCCUUGAGGGUUUGAGUACAGCCGCGGAGUCACAUUCUGGUGCUGCGAAGAAGCAGGCAGAAGAGGCGGCUGCGGAAGGGACAGCUGCGGGUCCCCCUGUGAUUGGUGAGAAGAGGAGGCCAGAGCAGAAAGCUGCUGGUGGUGUUGAAACCAAACGUCGGAGACUAGUAACCAAAAGGUCUGCUCCGGCGCAGAAAAAACCUGCGGUUGUCGUUGAGCGUCAGGAUGAAGAUUUUUCUAUCUUCGAUGCUCCGGAGUCCCCUCCGCGUGCCAUGGGUGCGGGUGGAACGGAGGUGCCGUCGACACCUCCCGUCAAGGUGGUACCUGAGUCAACCGUGCAGAAGGAGGGUACCGCAGAGAAUGCUGCGGCCCAGAUAUUUGAUACUGUCGACUCAUCCAACAACCUGAUCUCUCCCAAUGAGGGAGACGAUUUGAGUUUGCGGUUCGCUGCUACCGGGAAGCAACAUUCUGAUGCUGAACCGCAAAAAACUGGCGAUGAAGCGCGGCAGCAUGAUGCUGGGCCGCAGAAGUCUGCGGUUGAUAAGGGUACCAGUUCGUCGGCCGGUGGUGCGGGGUAUGACGGGCCUCCAAUUCAGCCUGGGGAGUCUGAAUUGGAGUAUUACUACCGCACCUACUCCCAGGAUCGCAGUACGCUGUACCAUCGACCCCCCUGGACUGUAUUGCAGGGGGAUGAUAUUGCUAACGACCCUGCGGCCUGCAGGGAGAUCCUGGGCGGUCUUGGGACCCCCUUUGAAGUUGAGCGGGCUCGUGCCGCACCGCGGGAGCUGCGUAUAAACCAGCUUUCGACCAUGUUGGUAGGGUCUUCCAUUGUGGCUAAUGCCAUUUUGGAAGAUUAUAAGGUGCUGGGUCGCCGCGAGGAGGAGGCUGCUCGUAUGCGGGCGGAAGCCGAGAAGUUGGUCGAGGCUGCUCGUGCGGGUGCAGAGCAGCUCGAGAAGGAUAAAGCUGCUUUUGAGAAGCAGAAGCAGACUUCGGAAUGGGCUGCCGCUGCCCGGCUAAAACAGGUGCGUACCCUUGCUAAACUUCUUGCUGAUGAGCGCAAAAGUUGGAAUGAAAAAAUGUCCAAUGAGCGCAAGAAGUGGAAUGCAUCGUGGGCUAAGCAGAAUGACAUUCUGUUUCAUGCUCGGCAGGAGCUGACCAAUGCUAAGGCAGCGAAUGCUACCUUGAGCCAGGAGAAGGCUGCGGCUGAGGCCGUUUCUGUGAAAGCGCUGCAGGCGAAGGCCGACGCCCUGAAGGCGCUUGCAGAGGCCAAAGAAGCCGGGGCUCGUGCCUCAAAGGCCCUUGAAGAGGCCGCGGAGAAGGAGAGCCGUUCUUCCAAGGCUCUGGAAGAGGUGAAUGCGGAGCGCAUUCGUUUGGAUAAGGUUGUUUCCAGCCUUCAGGCUGAGGUUCAGGCCCGGGCGGUUGCGGUUACGGACCUUACUGCCCGCGUGUCUGAUGCGGAGAAGCGAGCCGACGCUGCCGCUGAGGCCAAGGAUGUCUUGGUGUCCUCUUUUAACCAGCUGGAAGCUGACCGUGAGUGGCUGCGGACUCACGGUAUUGCGCGUAUUGUCGAGGCUAUCAUGAAUGCUCCUGAGACCUCAUCUGGUUUGGACCUGGUUAAGGAGCGUGCGCGCGAUGCUGGCUUCAAGGCUGGUUAUAACCGCUGCAUUGGGCAUAUCAAUGUAUUGUCCGCAGGCGGUUAUACUGAUCAGGCAUCCGGGUUCCGGGAUGUAGAUACCGAGGGUCGUCUGAAAGCGGCCGUAGCCUCCUUUUAUGACACGCCCCUUGCCUGUGUAGGGGAGCUGGACGAGUGUUUGGAGGUUGCGGACUAUGUUGACCGCUUGCGGAUGCUUUACCCUGAUGUGGAAGAGGAAGAACCCGCUGGUGGUGCCGGAGGAGACGCGGGGACCAGCGGUACAAAAUAGGGUUUAGGUUGGCGAGUGUGCCUCCUUUUUUGUAUUCCUCUUGUAUAGAAUAGGAACUUUAUGUAAAUUCCGUAAGCAUCAUGUGGAUACUUGAAUUUUUUGAAUAUAAAGUUUCUUUGUUCAGUUUGUACAAGUGUUUUUAAUUCUUGCAUGUCUGAACGUGUGUAUGCGUAAUCUUUACCCAUUUAUGAACGGGGUCAAGUAUACUCCAUACUUUUGUUGUAUGGGUAUGCAUCAAUUCUGUGAUUUACCGUGCGAGGGUUUUAGAAUUGCUUAAGCUUUGUAA